UAACCCCUACAAUGAGAGUAAAGGGACAUAGAGACAUUGAUGGAUUGAUACAAAUGUGCGAUUGUUACCGGUCUGUUGAGUAUAGUGCAACGCUGAGAGUGUGUAGCCUAUUAAGGCUGUUUGCACAAUGGCACCUGGUGCCUCUAAGAACCGUGUCUUCGUCUUUUUCAGGGGUGAUCACGUGCGCAAUAUUUGCGCGUCGGAUAUCGCAGUUACUGGAUUACCGCAAACUCAACCGUAUUAUUUAAAAUAUCACGAUGUAGUAGCUUCCACCUGACCUGGUGAAAACAUGCUAUACGACCAGUUUUGUGAAAUAUCGUGACCGUGACAAGUUUUACUUAUUUUACUCCGAUGUUUGCGGAGGUGCUCGUGAGGUGCUUCGCUAUUAAUACCUGGGGGAAACCCUGCUGAGUCAAUAUUGUGGAACAUUCUGUGGUGCCAUGUCUGAAUAUUGUCUUGAGUAAAGUCCUGGGUAUUUGGAUCAUGCUUGGGACUGUUGUAGUGAAGCUGCCACAGAUCUAUAAGCUGUUGAAGGCCGGGAGUGCUGAAGGCCUGAGCUUCAUGUCCGCUGUCCUCGAGCUGUUUGCCAUCACUGGCAGCAUGGUCUACUGCAUCAGCCUCAACUUUCCCAUCGGUGCCUGGGGUGAGACUCUCUUCAUAGUGAUCCAGAAUUUGACCAUUGGAUUCCUCAUCCAGCACUUUGGAGGAAGCACCCUCAGAGGUGUUGGGUUCAUCUUAAUCUACUGCUGCCUGCUGUCUCUUCUCAUCUCCCCUCUGACCCCCAGGUCAGUUGCUAUGGCGAUGCAGUCCUCAUAUAUGCCUGCUGUCAUAAUUGCCCAGCUCAUUCAGUCAGGGACCAACUACCACAACGGCCACACCGGUCAGCUCUCAGCAGUUUCCGUCUUCCUGCUCUUUUUUGGCUCCCUGGCUCGCAUAUACGUCUCUGCACAGGAGACUGGAGACUCUCUGAUGACUCUGACCUGUGUAAUUGCAUCCUGCUGUAAUGCUGUCAUAGCAGGUCAGGUCCUGUGUUACUGGAACCAUAGGCCUUCUGUUAAAGAGAAGGAUGAGUAGCUGAGGAUAGCCCACUUGCCCAGGCACUGGGACAACAGCUUAUUGUGAUGUCAUUCUGUUGACUAGGAGUACACAGCUCCAGUCCCUGAGAGAUAGUGUGUAUCCUGGUUUUUGUUCCAACCUAUUAUUCUGGCUUCAUUUUCUAUGAUGCUGUACAAAUCAGUGCUUGUUCACUGCUAUAUCAGAGCGGGAGUUGCCAUGACAUCCAAAAAUGGCACCCCCGGUAUUGAACCUCUCAGGACCUUCCAGCUUUCCAGUUGGAAUUCCCUUGUGGACUUUGCUUGUUACAGACAUAGUUUUCCCCCGCCUGUCCACACCACAAAAAAGAAACAUUAUUAUUGUGCAUAUUUUUGACUUAGAAGUUUAUGUGACCAGUGAAUUGCUUAACAUAAUUGGCCUUUCCUUUCUAUGCAUUUUUGCAUCUUGCAUUUCAUUUGAAUUGUGCUAAGCUGUUUUUUGAAUGAACAUUGAACUCUGUUAUUGUCCCAUUUACAUGAUCUUGAAGUGUCCAUCAUCCCUCAUCACAUGUUUAUGUCUACUCUCUUACUCCACCUAUCUGUACAUUUUGUAGGGGAGAGAGAAGGAUGACUAAAUGUUGGGGGGAGGGGGCUAAGAAUCAAGUGCUGUGGGUGGGGGGAGGGUCGAGCCAUGAGAAAGGGGGAGGUGAGGAGGGGGCCAGGAGGGCCAACUGUGGGACACACAUCAAUCAACAUUAGCAUUUUUAAUAUUCACACAAUUGUUUUGUUAAUACUGCCAAUAUAGCAUUCUGAAAUAAAGGGAAGGGUGGGACUGAAAACACAGAUCAUCUCUGUUAAAUGCAUUAAUGAUUUAUGUCAUGUCUUGCCAACAUUCAUACAAUCCCUUUUGGGAUUAUAAGGUAUUUUUCAUAAGAUUACCACAUUAUAUGGUAAUUAUAUGGUACAGUUAUUUUAAAAAAUCUUCUACUGAUGGACAUUGGUACAGGCAAUAGUUCUCAUAAGGGUAGGUCUUUAUCAACUUUGUUCUGCUGUGCUUUCAGUUAAUUAGGAUUGAGUUGUGUUGUGUUAAACCCAGAUCACUGUUUAGUGGAUGAUUUGUUGAAAUUAAAUGACUAUAAUUUAGAGUUCAA